UUAGGGCUGUGUGCUCAUCAAGGACAGAAGGCUGAGCUGAAACCCAGGUGGGACCCACAAGAUUUGUCAUCCCUUUAAUGAGGCUUAUGGAAUUUUCUAGGGUGACCUGACUUGAGCUCAUUCCCGGGCCUCCAGCAAGGAGCUUCUGACGGCAGCGCUGAGCCCCUGGCCGGCCCCCGCCCCCAGCGUCUUCCUUAUAGACCCGUGGUCCCCGAAGCUGGGACAGCCAGGGGGUCCUCAAAGCCAGGCCGGCGUGGAGGAAGAUGGGUUCCCCGGAGGACCAGGCCUACCGUCUCCUCAAGGAGCACUGCCACGGCUUCAUGGUGUCCCAGGUGCUGUUCUCCGCCUGUGAGCUGGGAGUGUUCGACCUUCUGGCCGAGGCCCCGGGGCCCCUGGCGUCGGCGGAGGUGGCCGCACGCCUGGCCAGCAGCCCCCGAGGGACAGAGCAACUGCUGGACGCCUGUGUGUCCCUGAAGCUGCUUCAAGUGGACGUGAGGCGAGGAAAAGCCGUCUAUGGGAACACGGAGCUUGCCAGCACCUACCUGGCCAGGACCGGCCCCAGGUCCCAGCAGAACAUGCUGCUGUACAUGGCCAGGACGACCUACGCAUGCUGGGGCCACCUGGCCGAGGCCGUGAGAGAAGGGAGGAACCAGUACCUGAAGGCCUUCGGCGUCCCUGCGGAGCAGCUCUUCACCGCCAUCUACAGGUCGGAAGCCGAGCAGCUGCUGUUCAUGCGGGGUCUGCAGGAGGUGUGGAGCGUGUGCGGGGGCAGCGUGCUGGCCGCCUUCGACCUGUCCCCCUUUCCGCUCAUCUGCGACCUCGGUGGCUGUUCUGGGGCUCUGGCCAAGGAGUGCGUGGCUCUGUACCCCGCGUGUCGCGUCACCGUCUUCGACAUCCCGGAGGUGGUACAGAUGGCGGAGAAGCACUUCUCCUUCGCGGGCGAGGAACGGAUCAGCUUCCGUGAAGGAGAUUUCUUCACAGACCCCCUUCCCCAUGCGGACCUCUACAUCCUGGCCAGGGUCCUGCACGACUGGAGCGACGAGAAGUGCUCUCAGCUGCUGGCGAGAAUCCACCACGCCUGCAAGGCAGGCGGUGGCGUCCUGGUCAUCGAAAGCCUCCUGGACCCAGACGGGCGGGGGCCGCUGACCACGCAGCUCUACUCCCUCAACAUGCUGGUGCAGACGGAGGGCCGGGAGAGGACGGCCGCGCAGUACCGCGCGCUCCUGGCGCCCGCCGGCUUCCCCCGCGUCCACUGCAGGCGGACCGGGGGCACCUACGACGCCGUCUUGGCCCGGAAGUGACUCCCUGCGGGGGCGCAAAACAUUGCAAU